AUGCUUUCCUCUCGCGCACUUCCCCGGCUCGCUCGCUUUCCGGGCGUGCGUCGUAGCCCUCCUCGCCGUACCAUGAUUCCAGCCCCGGGCCCGAAUGCGGGGCCAUUGAUGGAGCGACGUGCAGAUCGCGAGCUGCCGUCAAUUGAUAACAGCCGGCGCUGGCUGCGAACUCUUCCAAUCUUCGUCGUGGUUGUCGGAGCUGCGAUGCUGGGUAUCUUCAACUAUCAAAAGUCCACCUCAAGCGUGGUCAGCAGCACGCUAUACGCACUACGAACGUCGCCGCAGGCCCGCGAGAUACUCGGCGAUGAAAUCUACUUCGCACAGCAAAUUCCAUGGAUCAGCGGUGAAAUGAAUCAGCUCCAUGGUCGCAUCGACAUUACCUUUUGGGUGAAAGGUACCAAAAGUCAGGGCAAGAUGCGGUUUCGAAGCAUCCGACCGGAUCGUAUGAGCUUCUUCCGUACCGAGGAAUGGAGCCUACAGACCGAAGAUGGCACUGUGGUGCAGUUGCUCGACAAAGACACCGACCCUUUCCGGCAAGAGUGA